UGCAGAGGCUGAGGCCGCCCACGUGGUCGGGUCAAAGUUUUUCCCAUUGGUGCCACCUGCGGAGAUAGGAAAGGAGUGCCUAGCCACUUAGAGGCGCUGGACAGCGAUACAAUGACCAGUAUAAAUGUCAGCAAGUGGGCUGAGGGCGGCCAGGGAAGGACAAAGGCAGCAGCAGGGUGUGUGGAGCCACCUCUGAGAUGGAGAAGUUCACAGCCGCAAUGCUGCUGGGGAGUGUGGGCGACGCCCUGGGCUACGCCAAUGUCUGCAGGGAGAACAGCGCCUUGGGCUCCGUCCAGGACGAGCUGCGGAAGAUCGGGGGACUCGACCACCUGGUGCUGUCUCCCGGAAAGUGGCCAGUGAGUGACAACACCAUCAUGCACUUGGCCACCGCUGAGGCGCUUGCCACAGACUUCUGGUGCCUGGAUGACCUGUACCGCGAGAUGGUGAGGUGCUAUGUGGAGGCCAUGGAGAAGCUUCCGGAACGUCGGCCAGACCCAGCCACCGUGGAGGGCUGCUCACUGCUGAAGCCAGAUAACUACCUCCUGGCCUGGCACACACCCUUCAGUGAAAAGGGCUCAGGAUUCGGAGCUGCCACAAAGGCCAUGUGCAUCGGCAUGCGGUACUGGAAGCCAGAGCGGCUGGGGACUCUGAUCGAAGUCAGCAUUGAGUGCGGCAGAAUGACCCACAACCAUCCCACAGUACAAGGAAAGCCGCUGGUGCAGUGGGGGCGGGACAUGCUGAAGGUGGUCCCGAUGGCUGAGGAGUACUGCAGGAAGACCAUCCGGCACAUGGCAGAGUACCAGGAGCACUGGUUCUACUUUGAAGCUAAGUGGCAGUUUUACUUGGAGGAGAGAAAGAUCAGUGAGGACUCGGGAAACGAAGCCACCUUUCCUGAGAACUACGACGCGGAGGAGAGAGACAAGACCUACAAGAAGUGGAGCUCGGAAGGCCGGGGGGGACGCCGAGGCCACGACGCCCCCAUGAUAGCCUACGACGCCCUCCUGGCAGCAGGCGGCAGCUGGACGGAGCUGUGCCAGCGGGCCAUGCUCCACGGAGGUGAGAGCGGAGCCACCGGGGCCAUCGCCGGCUGCCUGUUCGGACUGCUGCACGGGCUGGAUGCGGUGCCCAGGGGCCUGUACCAGGAGCUGGAGCACAGGCCCAGACUGGAGAGCGUGGGCGCCGCCCUCCACCGCCUGUCCACAGAGGAGAAGUAAAGCUUCUGCCACUGCCUCCCGGGGCCCCAGCAGCAAGUAGCCCCCAGGGGAGGGUGGCCCACACCUGCUUCCCCUCCAGCUGCAGUGUCCACCUCCACCUGACACAGGCUGCCCGUCUGGAGGUGGCUCCCACACCCUGCUCACCCAGAGCACUGCCAAUAUGGCUCAGCCUGCUGCACGGGCACCUCCAAUACAGUGUCCCCUGCGUGUCCUGGA